GCCGCCCCUCUUCCACCCACUACGUUCUUGAAUUCACCGAAAGCACACAUGACGGCGGUCAUGUUGUAAUAGAUGGCCGCUGUUCCGCUCUUUCGCAACUGAUAUCAGGCCCUGUAACCCUCGGUUGGCUUGCAUGUGGGUUUAAUUAAUAAUAAGUCGAGGGAGCGGUGCGAUCUGCUGUCGCUGCCGUCGGCGAUAUGACCUCGGACGAAGAGGUCCCGCGAGCUCCGACAGCGGCUGUCAGCGGCGGCGCUUGCGGGAAAUCCCCAAAUCUUGCCGCCGAGCUGCUGACCCUCAUCAUCACUACGUCGCCAACCCCGUCGGCCCCGUCGACUGAGCUGCUGUCACAAAUUCUGGGCUCGUUCCGUGAGCACUGCCCCGAGUUGACCGACUGCCGAGUCGUUUUGGUUCUCGACACAUAUGACCACAUAAGCUCAGCCGCGCGACUGAAGAAGGGCCAUGUGACGGCUGAAGGCGCCAGGAAGUAUAUCGAAUACAAGCAGAACGCCAAGCGCCUCAUACUCCAGGAAUACGGACGGGGCGAACGGGGCUACCACGAGCAGGACUUGAUCGAAGAGCACGGCGCAGCCGAGUUUGGCUCCACCGCAUAUGCGCAGCAGACGAACGCGGUGCCACUAGCCAUCACCAAGACUGACGACGGCCGGGUCACCUUCAUUGAGCCCCUCCAGCGCUUGGGUUUCGGCCUUGCCGUGCGUUCGGCCCUGAGGCUGACCGAGACGCCCUAUGUGUGGAUUCAGCAGCACGACUGGGCCCUCGUGGCGGACAUCCCCCUCCGUCCGCUCCUCGCCGUCAUGCAAGAGCACUCGCAACCCGGCGAUGGCGACCUCGACGAUCUCGAGGCCGUCAAGGUCCCGAUCAAAUAUGUCUGCUUUCCUUCGGUUCGCAUGGUCGAGUACGCCAGGUCCGACCAUGUCAUGCAGUUUCCCGCCCUGCGCGCACUCACCAAUCUGCACAAGCAGAACUUUACAGUCAGGUCUGAGGACGGAAAGCCCGCCAAGAUUCCGCUCACGCCGCUUUUCUUCUGGCACGACAAGCCCCAUGUGGCCGAGACGGAGCACUAUCUGGCCCGGGUGUUCCCGAACCGGGCGUCAUUGCCCCGGGGUGCUUUCAUUGAGGACACCAUCGGCCACCGUGCUAGGACGGAGAUGAAGGACGGCCAGUGGAGGAAAUGGGCGUGUUGGUUAUACUACCCUGACGAAGGGAAGCAACUCUGCAUGAGGCACCUCAAGGGGAGGACGUGGCGGGGUACGGAGGGCGAGCUGGCACAGAAGUUGGAAUACAUGCGUCUGAAUCAGGGUAAUCAUCAUGAUCUGAAGACCGCUCAGCUGGCUGCAGAGUGAGUCGUCUCGGACGUACGUUGUUUUCAUUUUACACACUCCGAGUGGAAGAGCUGCCAAAGGCCACCCGUUGCGAGCGGUCAAG